AUGGAUGACCCCUAUCACAACAACGUGACCCAGCAGGUGACAGAAGGUGGAGAAUACACCUACACCCAGGGUGGAGAAGGUCAAGAUGGCUACCCUUACCAGGCGGACUACCCUCCACAGGACGAGGAUGCUCGUAGCGAUGCCACCGAGGGCGCAGACGAUGAUGAGCAGAUGUAUGAGGGGGAGUACCAAGGCGUCCCCCACCCUGACGAGAUCAAGGAGGCGCGGCGGGCUGCUCGGACAGAGGCCAGGAGGAAAGCCCGUCAGGCUGCCCAGCAGGAAGAGGAGGAGGACAACCUGCCAGAGCAGUAUGAGGCCAUCAUGGAGGACUGUGGCCAUGGACGCUUCCAGUGGAUGCUGUUCUUCGUGCUGGGCCUGGCACUAAUGGCUGACGGAGUGGACGGCUUUGUGGUGGGCUUCGUCCUGCCCAGUGCUGAGAAGGACAUGUGCAUAUCCAACUCUGACAAAGGCAUGCUGGGUCUGCUGGUGUAUGUGGCGAUGAUGGUGGGAGCGUUGGUGUGGGGGGGUCUGUGUGAUAAGAUGGGGAGGAGGAAGUGUCUGAUCUACGUCCUGACCAUCGACCUGGUCUUCUCCUUCCUGUCCUGCUUCGCUCAGGGCUACGGCUUCUUCCUCUUCUUCAGGUUCUGCUCCGGCUUUGGAAUUGGCGGCUCCAUCCCGAUAGUGUACACCUACUUCACUGAGUUCCUGCAGAUGGAUAAACGUGGAGAACAUCUGAGCUGGCUCUGCAUGUUCUGGAUGCUGGGAGGCCUGUACGCCUCCUUCACCGCCUGGGGAAUCAUCCCUCACUAUGGCUGGGGCUUCGCCAUCGGUACAGAGUUGCAGAUCCACAGUUGGAGAUUAUUCAUUCUGGUGUGUCUCUUCCCUGCGCUGGCAGCGCUUGUCGGAGUCAUCUUCAUGCCGGAGAGCCCUCGUUUCCUCCUGGAGAGUGCCCGACAUGAUGAGGCGUGGAUGGUCCUGCGACAAGUUCACGACACCAACUGGAAGGCAAAGGGGGAGCCGGAGAGAGUCUUCACUGCGACCAACAUUAAGACUCCACAAACUCAGGAGGACGAGUUCAUAGAGAUCCAGAGCGACACUGGAACUGCCUUCCAGCGCUGGACCGUCAGACACAUGACCAUGCUGCAACAGGUGAUGGCUAACAUCAUGUCACUUUCAGCCCCAGAGCUCAGACUGCAAGGCCUCUUCCUGGUUAUUGUUUGGUUCUGCUUGGCCUUCAGCUACCACGGGCUGGGGGUGUGGUUUCCUGAUAUGAUCAAAUACAUGCAGUACGAGGAGUACGAGUCCAAGGUCAAAGUGUUCCACCGCGAACGGGUCGAACGCUUCCACUUCAACUUCUCUCUGGUCAACCAGAUCCACCGCGAGGGAGAGUACAUCCACGACAAGUUUGCAAACAUUGAGAUUAAUUCUGUGAAGUUUGAGGAUUCUCUGUUUGAAAACUGCUACUUUGAGGAUGUCAAGUCCACCAACACCUUCUUUGAGAAUUGCACCAUCAAAAACACCGUCUUCUAUAACACAGGUAUCAUGCAACAUUAG